CCUCAGCGCGAAGCGGAGACGCAAGCGCCCGUAUCUCCGGGAACUGAGCGAGAGGCUUUACUGUCCUCUCUCCAGGGCGAGUGAGAACGACGCCUGCGGCAGUGCGGGGCAGGGUCGGGUCCCAGUGAAGAUGGUGUUGCUAACGAUGAUCGCCCGAGUGGCGGACGGACUUCCGCUGGCCGCGUCGAUGCAGGAGGACGAGCAGUCUGGCCGGGACCUUCAACAGUAUCAGACUCAGGCUAAGCAUCUCUUUCGAAAGUUGAAUGAACAGUCUCCUACAAGAUGUACCUUGGAAGCAGGGGCCAUGACUUUUCACUACAUUAUUGAGCAGGGAGUGUGCUAUUUGGUUUUGUGUGAAGCUGCUUUCCCUAAAAAGUUGGCUUUUGCCUACCUAGAAGAUUUACAUUCAGAAUUUGAUGAACAGCAUGGGAAGAAAGUGCCUACCGUAUCUAGACCAUAUUCCUUUAUUGAAUUUGAUACCUUCAUUCAGAAAACAAAGAAGCUCUACAUUGACAGUCGUGCCCGGAGAAACCUGGGCUCCAUCAACACUGAGUUACAAGAUGUACAGAGGAUCAUGGUGGCCAAUAUCGAGGAGGUGUUGCAAAGGGGAGAAGCACUCUCAGCAUUGGAUUCAAAGGCUAACAAUUUGUCCAGUCUGUCCAAGAAAUAUCGCCAGGAUGCGAAGUACUUGAACAUGCGUUCCACUUAUGCCAAACUUGCAGCUGUAGCUGUAUUUUUCAUCAUGUUAAUAGUGUAUGUGCGAUUCUGGUGGCUGUGAAGUAGUAAACACAGUCACUGGUAAGAGACAACCUAGAACCUGGCAGGUGUAUGUUUUCAGGAAGCUGAGCUCACAGGGAUAUGUAUUAGAACCCAAGUGGAACUUCUGCCUCUAAAGAUCUUGCAAGAAAAUACAUCCUGAAAAUGAAAGUUCGCGCCUCCUUUAAUGAAGCUUAACCCUAUGUGAAAAGUCUCUUGGGGGCAGAGGCUUUCUCUGGGUGCUAAGCCAUACAUGUUAGGGAACAGUAGAUUGUUUUAUUUUUUUCCCCUCCCAGUAAGAGUUUAAAACAGCACUGACUGGGACAUUCUAAUCCUCUGAUAGAGCCAUCAAUGGGAUGUAAGGUAACCAACCAGCGCUAGCAGCAUUCGGAGUUCCUUCAAAGAAGACAGCCAUUUGGGAAGGUUUUUGACUUUAAAUAACAUUCCUUUUGUUUGUGACAUUUGUGACUUUCAGUAAGCUGAGUUUUUGAUGGCCUUUACACCAGACUCCAAAUAUGUGAAGGUUAAUGGCUGUACUGCACAGAUUCUGUCUGUUGGCCUCUAACUAAACUUUUAUUGUUUUCCUCUUAUAUUUCACUUAUUUCCUAGUUGCUUUAGAAUUAAAUGAAUUAUGUUAGGAUGCCUUGAAAUUACCUAGCACUCCUCGAUUAAGAAGUUAAAGUUUUUUCUCACUCUUUGAACAUAAAGACUUAAAUUAGUUUGGGAUAUUAUUAAAUUUAUUUUGUAGCAUUUGGUUUAUAUUAAUAUAAGAGCAACAUAGCAUAGCAUAGCCAGAGCCCCAUGGCUUAAUAAAAAGAAAAGCCCAGCCUAGAACUGCAGUUCGUCAACCCCCUCAUUCAGUUUGUUCACUAUAGUUUUCCCCACUCCUUGUUUCCCUUCUGCCAUAGCGUAACAUUUUAAAAAUUCCCCUGUGCCUAGUAAUUUCACAUCCCAUAAACAUCCUCAGUGUUUUCUUAAAUUUUAAAAUGAAAACUAUCCAGUUCUAUAGAUUUAAAACUUGCAGAUCACUUACUAAAAUCUCUAGCUUCGUUUAUCUGACAAGUCUCAGAGUACUUCAUUGCUAUUCAGUUUACAUAAAUUCUCCAGGAAUGGUCUAGAGAUAAGUAAUUAAUUUACAGUGGUUUCUACUAAUAAAAAUAACUGAUUAUUUUUCCUUUUUGCUCAGGGAUAAUGGAGAUUUCCUUUUACCUUCUGAGGUAAAUGUGAAGAAUAGGCCUCUUGAAUGUUAUCACAAGGGCCUAUGGUCUAUACAACUUGUAACUCCUACACAUACUGCAAAUAUUUUUUAAAAUUAUGUAAGGAGGAUGAGCCAACAUCUUAUUUUUGAACAUCUUUGAAAAGGUAACAGUGGGCAAGUUUAUGACCCAAAGGAAUCCUCAGAGCUACUGUCCUGAUUCCUGGUAGGGAAAAUAGUCAUUUUCUUGUUAGGCAAGUAGAAAUGUUUAUUUUUAUUCCUUAUAAUUUACAGAACUGAAAUAAUUUUUUUUCUUUCUAUUAUGACCUAAAUUUUCUUUCAAUGGCCUAAAAUUUGCUCAUUGGAGUUUUGUGCAUGAAAUCAGAGGUUAGUUUUUACAGAGAAUAAGUACUUUUAAGUCCCUAAAGGGUUUAUUCCUUGAGUAAUGAUAUUGACAAUAAAAGUCUUUGAAAGACCGAGAACCUAAAUAGUGGUACCAUAACAUUCGGUGCUUCUGUAGGAGGAAGGGUGGCAGCUCAUUGUUGAGAGUUGCAUGCUGCAGUCAGCAGUGAAAUAAAUAUUUCUAGAAUGUUCCCUUCAGUGUGAAGUUUUGUUACCUAGUUUACUUAUGUACACAUAUCCAUUAUAAAUGCAUUUCUACCUAAUUUUAGUGAGGUAAUUAAAAAGAGAUGGAGUAAAUAAUGAACAAGAAAGUGAUUUAAGAUCAGGGCAGGGGGGAAAUGAGAGAUUAAGACUCAUAGUAUACCCCCUUCUGCUCUUAAUAUGAAAUAGCAAGAAGUUGUAACUAAUGAACUAUAUUAGCAAACCAAAUAUCUAAAAUAGAACGUGACAAGUACUGUAUGAAGUACUUACAGAAGUGUAACAUAAAGGAAGCUUAUUUCUACAGGAGAAGCAGGGGACAGUCUAGGGAGUAUCAGUGGUAUGUACGAGACAUAAAGAGUGAGGCACAUUUUGGAAAUGUCAUAGCUUGGUUCAGUUUAACUCAGGAUAAGCACAAGUGACUGCAGAGACAGAAAAAAACUUCUAUACUGCAAUAAAUGCACUUGUCUACCAAGCUAAUACAGCUUCAAAUGAUCAUUUGGCCAUAAUAUAAAAAUAAUACAGAGUGACAAGAUUGAUGUAUGGUGGCUGUGCCCAUAAUACCAACACACAGGAGGCUGAAGCAAGAGGAUCACUGUGUGUUUGAGGCCAUCCUUAAAUACAGUAGUGAGUUCAAGGCCAACCUGAACUAUAUAAUGAGAUGCUGUCUGAAAAAGUAAAAUGUAGGGAGAUGAAACAAAGACGCCAUCAGACACAGAAUUAGGCAAGCUAGUUUUUUAGUGACUUUCAAGAAAGUACUGGUCAGAGGUACCAAAUUUGUUUUAGGAGCUUAAUUCUCACAUUGACCAAACCUUUCAAAGUAUGUUCACACUAUUCUAUGAAUAAAGAAUGGAAAUAGAGCUGAGGCACUAAAGAGUUAAGUAAUUUGCCCAAAAUCACAGAGCUAGAACGUGGUGAGCCAAGAUUUGAAACUAGUGGUUUGGCUCUGAAGUCUUUGUUUUUAACCACCAUACUAUCCAAGUAAGUAAAUGAGAUCCAUACUAAGAAUACAUUGUAUGUUUAGCAACCAUAAACUUGAUCAUGCAAGCAGAAGUAAUUCUAGAGGGCUGAUGAUAGAAGCUGGUUUGCAGUGGACUGAGGAUUGGACCACUAGAAUCAAAGACAUAAAAUUGCUCUCACAAGGAGCAUUUAUGUUUUUGUGACAUUGAACUUCGUGGCUUGUCUUAAUUAAGAAAUCUCCUAAAUAUCAAAAUUUAGAAAUAUGUGGUGCAUUGUACAUUACCUAGUCAUUUAAAUGUCUUAAGAGGAAUUUCUCAGCUUUUUGAGAAAUCUUUAGAAAGCUGAUAAAAAGGGUGCACCUUCCCCCAGAGAAAAGUUCAUGUGUACGUGCAUGCCCUGUAUGUACCACUUCAAGCUAUUCAGGCCAGCAAAGCCUGCUCGUCUUGUGUGAUCCAGUUAAGAACUCCACAUGUAUAGGAUGUGGAAUUCAAAUUUAAGUACCCAAAAGACUUGAAAACUUGGUUGUGAAUUAGAAAUAUUCUACAGUUUAAACAACUUUUUAAAUAUGGUGUAUUGAAACUCUGUACAGAAGCAUUUGUAUCAAAUAAUAUUUUCCUGUACUGUAUUCAGAGAUUUGGGUCUUCUGGAAAAAAAAAAAAGAAAAAAAAAAUGAGGUUUCUCUCUGUUCCUUCAAAUCACAUUUAAGGAAUUUGAAACUUACAUGUUCUACUUUUAUGAAAAAUCUUCUUUACAAAACCAAGUUAAAAAGGCAAGUGUGUAAUAACUUGUGCUCACACAAGACUUAAUGAAAUAUGUAGAGUAAAACAUCUCAGUUUAAACCUCUGGGAAUGUUCACCAUGAUACUAGGGCCUGAGGGCUAAUGGCCACACAGUUAAGGCUGACACAUUGGAAGUACUCAGCAAAUAGCUGCAGGAGGUGUAUGGUGAAGUAUUAAAAAGAAAAGCACACCAUUUUUGGAAAUAAUACUUUGAAGGGGGAAAAAAAUAACUAAACUGGGAUAUAGGCUUACUGAAAGAAUGGAAAAAUAAAGAGGCAUAUUUAAGAGAAAUCAGAACAAAAGAAAGGACCAAUAAGAUUGUAUAGUGAAUGCUUUGGAGAAGAGGAAAGCAGUAUAGCAAAAAAUUAACUUGUUUUUUUAGAAGAAACAAUCAGAGAAAAUGAAAAAGAAGUAAAGGUAAGUUAGGAGAAAAAGCACAAAAGUCAAAUAGCUUGGUAGAUCUUAAGUCUGGGAAUGUUUCCAGUUGACUGUCAUGCCCAUGGUUGCUUUUAUAUUGUAUAGGUGAUAUUCAAUCUUUUCAUAUCAAGCAUUUAGCCAACUUUUCAUAUGAAAAAGUGACUUCAGUUUAGUGAUUAAAUACCUCAACCAACAUACUGUGUAAGGUAAAUACCAUGCUGAAGUUAAAACCUGGUUUGAGGCUUCGUUUUGACUACUGACCUAACCUCCCAGUUACUGCUUUGCAAGUCGUGGGUGAGCACUGAGGUCUGUUGGGCUGGCUGCGUAGGGAAAACAGUAAGACCAAUAAAGAGACUGACAGUUCCGUCUAUUUGUAUGCCUUUUUAGUCACUUGCAUUAAUACAGUGUGUUACUUACACACUUCAAAGUUUAAAAUAAAGUUUCUAAUUAGUUUUUCUUG